AUGGCUGAACUGCAUGUAGUUGAACCGAGUGGGACUAGCACUAUAGAACAAACCGAGCACCGUGAUGUCCGGGGCUCUGUGCGGCUGGCUUCGCCCACUCUCAUGAUACCCCCGCGGAACAACCUGCCUACUAGUCCCGGGAUGUCGAGCAACCCCAGCCGAUCAGUGUUUGGAUUUCCAGUAAGAAGCAGCCCAUCGUCCCCAAUAGAACCAGCGGACAAGAAAGGGUCGCGCUGGGUUCGCCUUAAUGUCGGUGGUACCUACUUCGUUACAACCAAGCAAACACUGUGUAGGGACCCCAAAUCAUUCCUGUUCCGACUGUGUCAAGACGAUCCGGAUUUGGAUUCUGACAAAGAUGAGACAGGAGCAUAUCUGAUUGACAGGGACCCCACAUACUUUGGUCCUAUUCUCAACUACCUUCGACACGGGAAACUGAUUAUGGAGAAAAACCUGGCAGAAGAUGGUGUUCUUGAAGAAGCUGAAUUUUACAACAUAGCUUCGUUGGUGAGGCUGGUCAAGGAGAGGAUACGGGACAACGAGAAUCGCACAUCUCAGGGACCCGUUAAGCAUGUGUACCGAGUACUGCAGUGCCAGGAAGAAGAACUCACACAGAUGGUCUCAACCAUGUCUGAUGGCUGGAAGUUUGAACAGCUCAUCAGCAUCGGUUCCUCUUAUAACUAUGGAAACGAGGACCAGGCAGAGUUCUUAUGCGUCGUCUCACGGGAGCUCAACAACUCCACCAAUGGCAUCGUCAUCGAGCCCACUGAGAAGGCCAAGAUUCUCCAGGAGAGAGGCUCAAGGAUGUAAAUAGGCGGUACCGGGUACCUGUCGAGGGGCGUGAAGGUUUAUCAAGAAAAGAACAACGCAACACGUGACAUUGUCUACAGUUUUAGCCACGAUUGAUCCGUUGACCUCCGCCUGCAGCCACCUUCACCUGCCACCGCCCCCACCCCACCCCUCCACUCCUCUGGUGUGCCUUUCCCCAAGCGCCCCACUCCAUCCCCUCCUACCCCUCCUACCCCUCCACCUCUUCUACUCCUACUCCUCUUUCCCACAGCGCUUCAACAUUAACCCUGACUUGCGGUUGCAGCCUUGUUUUUGUCUUGGAUUUUUUUAGACCUUUUCUUUGUCACACGCCGUUGGAGUAUGUGGAUAUUUCCUGCGGUACAAUGUCUCCAGAGUGUUGGUCCUCGGCAGCAUUCUGUCAUUUCUGAGAGGGCUUCGGAUUCCCGGUACGUCCUUGAAUCUUUGGUGCGGCCCUUAUUCUGAACCCCUCAGUUCAGGAGUCGCGGAGGACGGUCCCCUCAUCACAGAGCUAAACCACGAUCCGGUCUUCAACAUCACCAUCCCCAUCACCACAUAGCCAGAACACGGAACGACAGGACCUUUUUCGCCAGCCCAGUCAGUGUGCGUGGCUUUAAUCAACUGCAAGAAAUCUGUGACUUAUCUCCUCAGGACUCUUGAAAGGACAAAAAAAUAAACAAAGGUAGAAAGGCAACAAAAGCAGACUGAGCCUUCCUCGCCACGAGAUUGUGUCAUUGUCCGGGGUGAGCUUCUAAGCACGCCAGCCCGAAGACCUGUCGAUGGUCUCAACGUGGCAUGGCAGCAGACAUCAUGGAAAGCCCAGAGGAGCUGGGUUCUGUGGGUGCUACAAAGCAGAUUCUCAUGUUGUUCCGCCCUCCAGUUCCUUGAGAUACGAGGAUGGGAAGGGAGGGGACUAUGUUGGUUGGACCUGAUUACAGGACACCCCUCUACCCGGUUUGCUGGGAACCCCUCUGUCCCCUCCAUCCCUCGUCCCUCGUCCCUCCACCCUUCACCAGUUUUACUUCCAGCCAUGCUCCCUCAAACGCCCCUUUCUUUCGUCCACUUCUGUACUGGGUUAUGAUUCCAUUCAAAUUCAUGCGGUGGACUGGAAAAUACCCUGAAAAUGAACCUGUGUACAAAGGUUAAGGCAUGCAAGGAGUCUGUACAUAUAUACCACAGGAUGAAGAGGAACUUAAUGCAAGCGGUGUAAUGACUGAUUCCUGCGUCAUUUUCGUUUCAUAUCUGUGUAUUACGGUCACUGAUGCUAUUGAAAUACACACACACACACACACACACACACACACACACACACACACACACACACACACACACACACACACACACACACACACACACACACACACCCGUUCAUGCACACACAUGCACCUACAUUCAUACAUACAUUUCAAUGGAGCAUAUCCACUGUGGUCCUCAAAAACAACAAAAUAAAUUGUGCUUUCUUGUAUAUCUAAAAAUUGUAACAACAAAAAAAAAAAAGAGUGCAGACGUUUCACAACUGACGUAUAUCCGUGCGAUAGCCGUGUGUCCUGUGGAAAGCAAUCGGGACUCGGACCAUGGACGAACUUAAUGCUGCCGCAAAAAAAAAAAAAAAAACCUGACCCUGUUUCUGCCCCAGGCCUUGUUUUCUCAUGCCAACUGUUAUUUUUUUUCCUUCUGUCUUUCUUAUCUGCAGCUGCCUCUCACGCCUCAUCUCUAACUCAAACAGUGCACGCCUCGCUGCUUCACGUCACACAGCAUGUGUAGCAACUGUGGUGGCGCCGACCAAAAUGCACACGCCUCACACGACUUUGUACACUGAAACGGUAGCCGAGCCAACGUAAUGAGCCAUGUCGUCGCACAGAAGUCAGUGUGCCCGACAGUAGGCCUCUUCGGCUCCAAGGGGUGGUGCAUAUAAAGCUGUCCGGUUAUUGGGGGUCGACAGAAGUUAAGCAACUGGUUAAAGUUCUUAUUUAAUGUUUGAUUUCGGAUGCUCUCUCUUUUACUCUGUUAGUGCUGGUUUUAAAAGUCCAACAAUUGAGCAACAUUUGGAGAGCAAACAUCUUCCCCAAUGGUGAGACCAUUUAGGUAUAGUCAUUAAGAGAUUUUUAAUUCUACCUAUAUAAAUUAAAUGUAUAAACCUCUAUUUCCCGAUGUUUAAUGACCAAAACAAUGAAACUUGUCUUAGCAAUACUUUUGUGUUACCACUUAACCAAAAUUGCAAUUUUAAAAGUUAGCUUGUGUAUUGUUACUGGUGUAACUACUGCCGUAUUACAGAGGAGAAGAGCGACAUAAUGAUGCUAUGGGUGAUUCAUUAAUUACACAUAUCUAGCUGGUGAAUUUGGAAAUCUUUAGGUUAGCCAUUGUGUGAUUUUUAUGAAGAACAAGCAUUCACUCACAUUGCCCGUAUACCUAAAUCACAGUUUCAUUUUCUUUUUUUUUUACCAGUGUUGAACGCUAUAAUACACUAUCCAUGUAUCUGGUGCAUUUAUGUUAUUAGCAUGAGCAGGACAAAUGGAUAUAGACAAUGUAUAAAUAAAUAUCAGCUCAAUACACGAGCUUGGUCGAUGUGCACCCCCCCUCCCCCCUUCCCCCUUCUCUCUAUCAUAAGUGGAUUAUUUGUGAAGCUGCAUACUUUUCCAAGACGUGAGCAGACAAUUUGUACUGCCAAGAACAUCUUACUGUCUAUCCGGAGAAAAGGCGUGGUGUGCUGUUCUAUUAUUUUUGUAUUAUUCCAUCUGUGUCUGGUGUUGUGCCUUUUGACUUUUAUUGUACACAGGUGUUUCCCCUCUCCUUCCUAAGGUGUCUAUCACCUUAAAGCCAGCAGGCUCGUACCUACUUAUGUUUUUGCCCCCUUUCAUUUAUUUAUUUAUUUAUUUUCCCUUCCCAUCGGUAAAAGGCUUGUCCCAGUGGAUCAGGCAUACGGUCAGGUCCCUCUGAAUACUUUGUACUUUGUAAGGUGUGCUGAUCAAUUGGAACAACAAUCAAAGGCUUAUCUCGGGCUUCCUUUGUGCCAAUUUUUUUUCAGACGGACGCCACUAACCCUUCAUUUUACACACAAGUUCGCCUUAGUCUUGUGUCUUUUUUGGUAUCUUCAGCUUGUUAGCAUAAGGAAGUGGGUGUGCUACACAGUCAAGAGGAAGCAGUAAGGGACAGCAGAUAGUGGUUUAUGUCAGUGGAAAUUAUAACAAAGUAAAAUACCAACACAAAAAAAACUGUUGUGCACUAUUAUAGAAAAUGAGGAGACUUUAAUUGGCUUGAGUUUAUGUGUGCUUGUAGGCAAUGUCUACAGUGACUUGAUAGACAUUAAAAGCACUUAUUUGUCAACUUUUUAAACCCAAUUUGCCCAUUUUUUUUAUUACCUUGUUGUACCUUGUGACGUGAUUGCCAUGGACAUUUUAAUAACACACUUUAUUUCUUGUAAUGGAAAAAAAGGUGUUUGACAAUUUUUUUUUGUCACCUGCACUAGAUACAUAUAUGUGCAAUGUUAACAAAUCUGCAAAAAAAAACUAAAAAACGUGAGAGCAUGUAUUGUUUUAGAGACUAUAAUGUUUACAGGAAUUUGUCUGACCUCAUGUGUUAGUGCAAACUGUGUUUGAUGCAUGGCAGGAGAGCAGAGGGAAGGCAUGACUCUAUGGUAGGUGUAGUUUCUUGUGUGGAUCCGUUGAUCCACAGCUAGACAUAAUCAAUAUAAUCACAUGUUCUAUUUUCAUGUUAUUUUUUUAUUUGGUCAUGAAGAUUGAACACUAAAACCAUGGUUUGAACACAGAUUAACCAAAUAAACAAUUCUAUAUUAAAUCAUUUUGCAAUUUUCCACCUUCCCCAAAAUAGCAUUUUCUGAUCUAAACACCGGGCCAAAAUGUUGGAAGGAUUCGUUUUGAAUUGACAGCCCACGUUGACGGCUAAACUGUAAACACCUGCAUGCAUUUGUAGACAAACACCCUUGUGCACUCAUAAUAAAGACGUAUUGAAAAUAUGUAUCAACA